AUGCAUUUGUGUUCUUUGACGUUUUUUUUCCAAUUCAGCAUGAGUAAGUCGAGCUCUUUAAAAGUGAAGAAUUUGUUCAAAGUAAAGUCACCGGAUAAAGAAGGCAAGGCUUCCAAGCAGUCGGGCUCCAUCACAGAUGGAGACACGUCGCAGACUUCACCGGCGAGCCCCGGAGACGCCGCCGCCGCCGCUGCAGCCGCCGCUGCAGCCGCCGCUGCAGCCGCACUGCCCGCUGAUGGCGUUUUCAUUUCCCCCAAGGAAAAAAAAGGAAAGCGGUCGUUGUCGUUGAGGUUUAAACGAAAGAAAUCGAAGCAGAAAGAAGAGCGAGUUGUUGGCGACGAUGACUUGUUCCCCAAUGAACUGGACAGCUUCACCAGACACAUGAGUUACGACCAGAUGAGUGUUUCGACAGCGUGCUCAUUCCAAACCGAAUCCGAGUGGGACCUUCAUUCUGACACCAAGUCCAUGAUCUACUUCAACAUGACUCAGCAAGGAAAUCCCUCUACACCACCCAAGUACUUCAAGAAUUCCGAGGAGAAAAAGGGCGUGUUGGGUCGUCUCAGUCACUUCUUCAAACCCAAGAAGAAGAGGAACCGAAGCAGCGAGACUUCCGACACUUCACUCAAUGCAUCUUCUCCCGGUUCCCCGACGUCCCCCAUGUCUCCAGAUUCAUCUCCGCUGAAGCAGGAAGAUGGCUCAAAGACUCCUACCCCCUCCCACAAUGAUUUCAGACUGACCUCCGAGAGCGAGGACACCCUCAGCCAAAGCUCCAGCCCCAGUGCCUCCAGUGUGGUUUGUCUAUUGGCUGACGGGGAAGAUGUUCCAUUUUCAGACUCCAGCAGCAGCAGCGGCUGUAGCAGUGUGCGGGAGGUUCCUGUGUUCGGCACCUCCGACAGUCAAAGGAAUUCGGGAAAUGUCACCCCCACUGCAUUCGACUUUGAAAGCCCCACUCUGCCGCUUUCUUCUGACUCCAAUUCAGAGGUGGGAUUUGCCGAGUCAGUGGUGGAGGAGGUGAGCAAAAGGCUGCGUAUGAAUUUGGAGGACAUCCCUGCGGGUGAUACCCCAACCAAGCUGCCAACGCUUCAAAUUCCCUUUCCCAGUAACGUCGCACCUCCAAAAUCACCUCACUUAACUUCCAUAAGCUUGGCCACGUCAAAAGCAUCGGUCAAAGUCGGCGAACACGUCCACAGCACGACCUUAACGGGAAUAACAUUGGGCUCAACUAACCUCGUCUCGACUCAGGAGGCUCCUCCAGAUGACGGCAGGGAAAAUUCACCACAACCGAUUGCAUCUCCUACUCACCUCUUCAAAGCCAUAUUAGUUGAUACCUACCUGGGAGAGGAGGAGGAGAGAAUUGGGAAGGAGGAGGUAACAGAAGAUCGGGUGAAAGAAGAGGAGGAGGCUUCCACACCACUUUCGCCUCCCGUGCUAGCAAUACCUGUCACAGUAUUUCCAGAGCAUGACUCCAUGACUCCGGGGAGCCCAGGCGCCACAAGCAGCUUGCCAGAAUUGUCUUCCUCCUCCUCCUCCUCCGCGCCAACUCCCGAGCAUUUGCAAAUUAUUUUACGGCAGCCCGAGGAGCCUCGCACUGGCAGCGACUCAAAGAAACACCCCUUUAAGGAGAGACAAGGGUCAAAAGUAUCUUGCGUGACACGCAAGACUGUGAAUCUGCCUUCAAAGCCCAAGCACGCGGCCCGUGAAGCGCUCAGUAACCCAGAGGUAACUUCGGAAAGGAAUAAGCCAGUGCCAGAGGAAGACGCCGACAAUUGCCGUUUGAAGCCAGGACAGGAGCAGACAAACAACUUAAGUCUCCCAAAACAUAAAUCUAAUGAAAACGGGAACGUAGACACGACGUCAAUUACACCAUCCGAUGAAAAUGAAGACCAAAACGCGUCGGAACUUUUAAUCAACCACAAUUCCGUCUCCGAGUCAUUUGAAACGGAGGAUAGCCCUACGACCCCUGACAUGCACAGAUCCAAACUACAACCUGGGCUAUCCGGAAUAAGAGGCAAUGGGACGAAGCAAGCAACGGGCUCCAAAACGGUAGCAGCAGACAACCGGCGUACCGUUGAAAGCAUAGCGCGGGCCUCGGCAACGGGAGGCCAGGCCAAAAAUGUGGCAACAAAAGCCAAGGGCUCCACCGAGGACAUUAAAGUUACACCGUCCGGUGAUCGAAAGCAACAAAACAAUGAAAAAACAACCACGCCGUCAAAAGACAAAUCCAGCAGUAGUCCGACAAAGUCGAAAAUCCCCAAAAGGCAAAUAUCAGAUAGUGAGAUCAAAACAACAGAAGCAGAUGAAUCUUCUGCUAUUCCCAAACUACAGAAAACUCCCAAACUAGCUCACGAAUCUGUCAAAUCUGCAGUGGUGACUCCCAAAAGUGUCAGGAAACCAAGUUGGGAGGAAAAAAAGCCUAAUAUUUCUCCUACCAAAGCAUCCUGCCGGCCAUUGUCAAAGGACCAUCAUGAUGUCACACAACAUAUCGACUCGGUAAAUGGAGUGAAAGAGGAUAGUCAGGAAGCACACGCUUCCUCAAUACCAAAGAGCCGGCUGCCUGUUUCUCCUAAAAAGUUGGAAAGGGACCGACCUAAAAUGAGUGACACUAACUCUAGAAAAAUGACCUCCUCCCAAGGAGAGUCAGACAAACCCAAACAAGCCCAGAAGUGCCCAGACCAGCAAGAAGCACCAGCACAUGUCGAAAGAGCUGCUACUGACACGCCUCCUCCUCCUGGAAGUCCCAAGAAAGGAGGCACGCUUUCCCUCAAACCAUUAAGUGAGAUCUUUAAAACAAGACAACGCCAAGAGGAAACCGACGUCUCCAACCAAGAUAAAAAAGACUCAAAGAUGACCAAACAAAAGACUCCAUUAAAAAGUUCUCUUCCGCCAUCUCCGAGCAAGCUCCCCACAAGAGGCCAAAGGAGCUCCCCCAACAUUAAAUCCAGGAGAAAUCAACAAACCGAUUCGGACACUUCCCAUCCAAACAGUAAUACCGAGACAGCCGGCAAACCUGCGGACACCGUCGAUGCAGAUCGUUUGAAAAACAGGAACGUUAAAUCCACGUCUCAGCAGGAACAAGAGCACAGUGUGACACUCGCAAAUCCUUCUUGCGCCAGCCAAACCAAAGAAAAAGCCAGAGGAUCUGAAGAGGGCCUCGCUCGCCCGAAAGGAAACAUUUCAAAGACUCCAAUAGUCAAAGGAAAUAGAACAGUGGUGACGGUCACGCUCCAAGACAAAGUUAAACCGCUAAAAGUUGAAAUAGCCCAGGUAGCGCCGACCCAGUCGGUACCCAGUUCUGAGGUCAAAGAGCAUCAAGACCUACAGAAAACCAUAUUGGAGCCGUCAACAAAAAAAAAAUUUCAAGACGACAGCGCUGCACCGGAAGAGAAAACACAGACGGCAAAGGAUGAAGAAGAAUUUUCCGAAUCAGCCCGGCCCACCAAUGACGCAAAGCUGGAAAAGGGCCAUUCAGAAGAAGAUUUAGCACUGGUGCCUCACACUGCCCAUGGUGACAACCUAACAGCCUCUCCCCACCUUCAGCACCCUCAAGAAAAUGCAAACGUACCUCCAAUUGAACGCGUUCCAAAAGAGCCUCAUUCGGAGCUGAAAAGUCUUUCGGCAACACCUUCAACUUCUCUAAACACUGUUGAGGAAACCCAAAAAAGUCCGGAACAAAUUACAAUUCAUCCAUCUGCAAUGACCAAAGAUUCGGUCCAAACUGCUACGGGAGAGGAGAAACCUAAAGAGGAGCUUGGCAAGGAACCAACACAGUCAAUAGACACAGAGAAUGAAGAAGCACCCAAGAAUGUUGAGCUAGACAAAGUGGCUCUUUCACAAAAGGAGGGACAAGAAUCAAAGUCCAGUGAAAAGCUGAAGCACACAACAGCGAUGGGCGACGACUGCAUGGGGGAGCUCAAGGAAGAAAUCAGCCGAUCUCCUCAAUCGACCCAGCUAACAUCCCAAAAUUUACUUCACAAUUCAGAAGAAAUAACUGCAGUCUGUGAAAGUACAACCGAGACGUUGGCUUCCCACCAAGCUGUUAAUGAUUCUUUGAAGGAAUGUGCAGCUGAAGGAUCUCCGGAGCCAAUAUCAGCAAUGAAAGAUCUGGAACCCAAAGUACUGCUCGCUCAGGAUGGGGGAACCACAAGUGACAAAGGGGAGGAGCCAAGUGAAAUCAAGACAAUUGAAGAUAGUGAAACAAAUGCUUCAUCACCAAAAGGUUUGGGGAAUGAAAGUUCACCCAAGAGUCCCAACUCUGAAGUUGAAGACCAGAAACCUGUUGGAGUGCAAUUAAAGAGUGCUGACAAACACGAUGGAAUAGCUGAUACUGCAAAUGAUGAAAAUGCACUUUCGGACAAAUCGGCGACUCAAAAAGAAACAAAUGAUUCUCCCCUAAAAAGUUUGGAAGCAACAGCGCCUCCUGCCACAAAUGAGAACGGAGUUGAGGAUGUUAAUGACGAUGCAGAAUCUAGCAAAGCAAAGAAGAUAACAGCAGAACCUAUAGAGAACACAGCCAAAGAUCCCGAAAUGCCUGCCGACUUGUCCACGAGCAAAAUCGAUGACCGUGAGAUUGACGUAAAAGAAAAUGCAAAUUUGGACAAAAUUAUUGAAACAGUGUCUCAAGAAAAAAAAGAGUCCGAGCUCAGUCUGAUUAAAGAAGACAUGACCACUGGUGGUUUAAAACAAUUAUCCCAAGAAAAGAAAAAGACAACGCAAGAAGCUUCUCAACAGCCAAUAAAAGCAUUCCUUAAGGACAUCUCCCCUCUUCCGCUGAAGGAGGAGUCGCCAUCCAGCUGGUUGGACGUGGAACAUCAUCCCAAACCGAAAAAGGACAACAGACGGAAAGCGGGCGCCUCGGCCAGCGAAGACGAUUUGGACCAUUUCAUCAGCAGCAUUAAAGCAGGCGGCAUCCCCUUCCCGGUUCCUCUAAAAAAGCACCCGGGGAAAAAAUCCCCCUCUCCCCCUAUGCCGGCCAUCAAGGAAGAUCAUUUUGAGAAGACCUUUGAUCCCGAAGAAUUCCACAUUGGCUUGAGAAAGAAAAGCAAAGCUUUGAAGGACCCAUCCCCGGCCAUGAUGUUAAAAGAAAAAGCCGCUAGCCGGCGAGCGCGGGCCAUGGAAAAGCACGAGCCGGUCCAUAAAGACCAAAUUGAAUUACCUGAUGAGGAAAAAGACAAAACCAACGUCAAAGUCGGGCUACAGGUUGAGCAGAACAAUGGAGAGGGGCCCGGAAAGCUAUCUUCCCGAUUAGAAAGGAUAUCCAUCCUCUCGAGCUUGCUGAGUUCCCCGCGUUCCACCAAGAGGAGCCAAGAGGAAACGGCAGCCGCCGACCAAAAUAACAAACAACAGAAAAAUGCGCCCUCACUUGGAAAACAGGAAAGAGUUGACGCCACUUUUCCUGAACAUCAAUCAGAUAGCAAGGGUGCGACUCCCGAAGAUGCACCCCGUGAAUCGACUAGAAGCCCCGCCCCCUCUCCUCCGCCCUCGCUUUCGCAAACGAAACCGAGAGAAGAGUCAGAUACUGACCGGGACUCCACCAGGGCACCCGAAAGCAAGUCGAAUCCGGAACCACUUCGUACUAUGGACGAGGCCUUAGCGCCUAAAGUCGAUAAGGCUGAGCUACCUCCACCCACCAAAUACAUCCCGAAGAAUCCUUCAAAGACACCUGUGGUCAAAGGGGUCCACAAAAGACCUGCAAAGCUUUUCAUACAGCAACAUGACAACUUGGAAGGUGAAGUCUACGAAGUGUGUGGUGACGUGGAGGAUGCCACGCAGAUGAAACUCUCUCCUGUCAUCUUGGUGCGGGUCAUCAGAGGAUGUUGGCUCCUGUACGAACACAAGGGCUUCCAGGGUCGUGUCAUUGCCCUGGAGGAAGGUCACACAGAUCACCUAGUGAACAUUUGGGCCGACGAAGGCGCCCCGACGACUCUGGACGGCAAGGGUCAGCCUGUACCCGAGACGCCUUUGACCAUCGGUUCUGUUCGACUGGCGGUAAACGAUUAUAGCCAACCCAGAAUUGACUUGUUUACGGAGGUUAAUGGUUUGGGAAGGGUGUCAUCUUACUGCGAUGACGCUCUUGAAAUCGGCUCCUUUGGGAUCCCCCAAGCCACUGGUUCCAUCAAGGUCCAUUCUGGAGUCUGGCUGGUGUACAGCGAUCCUGGCUUCGGAGGUUUGGUAGGAGUGCUGGAAGUAGGCGAGUUUCCUCGUUCGCAGACGUGGGGAUUCCCUCAGCCCUUUGUUGGCUCUCUCAGGCCUCUUCGAAUUGGAGCGAUAAGGGUGGAACAUCCUGAAGAAGUCAAGGCAUUCGUGUUCGAGAAGGCCAAUUUUGAAGGAGAGUGUUUAGAGGUGGAUGGUGACUUGUACACGCUGCAGAGUGUGCAAGAGGGAGAAGCGGAACAAAGCAGCUCUGGUGGAACGAAGAAUACCAUCUCCACAGUGGGGUCCAUCAGGAUACUCGGUGGUCUCUGGGUUGGCUAUCAAGAAGAAGAUUUUGAGGGUCAGCAAUACAUCCUGGAGGAAGGGGAAUAUCCUCACUGGAGCCAUUGGGGCGGAUCCGAGGAUGGUCUACUAUCCCUUCGGCCCAUUAGGACGGAUUUCCUGUCCCCCCACAUUAAAUUGUUCAGUGAGCCCAACUUGGAUGAGCGGGGGCUGAGUGUGGAUCUAAUGGGCCCCGUUGUCAACAUGCAGGAAAUCGGCCAUGCCAUAAAAACCCAAUCCAUCAACGUCCUGAGUGGGGUCUGGGUGGCAUUUGAGAAUUCUGCAUUCAGCGGCGAGCUUUACAUCCUGGAGAGAGGCCUGUAUUUGUGUCCAGAAGACUGGGGUGCCCAGAAUUUCAAGAUAUCAUCCAUUCAACCAGUUUUCAAUGAAACAUUAUUGGAAUCUCAGUUCAAGGUGAAGCUGUUCUCUGAACCCCAUUUUAAGGGUCAACUGGUGGUUCUGGAGGACAGUGCAGAAGCUUUGGAUGAGGACUUUGUGCCCAGGUCCUGUAAGGUGCUGGAUGGCAGCUGGAUUGCAUACGAAGGCGGCAACUUCACCAACAACAUGUACUUGCUGGAGGAAGGAGAAUAUGCCGACACUGAGUUGAUGGGCUUCCCGUCCUCGGACGUGACCAUCCGUUCCGUGCAAACUGUUGCCCAUGAGUUGUCCCUACCCUCCCUCUUGCUAUUCAGCAAGGUGGCUUGCGCAGGUCGCAGGGUGGUGCUGACCCGAGGGACUGUCAACUUGCACCGAGCAGGCUCGUUUCCUCGCGUACGCUCUCUGGUGGUAGAGGGAGGAAACUGGGUGUUGUACGAAGGCAGCAACUACCGCGGUCGGCAGCUCCUGCUUCAGCCGGGUCAAUUGGUCGACUGGUGCAAGUUCAGCGGAUGGAGGGGAAUCGGAUCGUUGCGGCCAUUGCGGCAGAAACAGAUCGGUAUCCGUUUGCGGAACAAGGAGACGGGAUGUCUGAUGUCACUGACGGGGGCGCUACAAGAUGUCCACCUGAUGAGGGUGAAUGCCGUAGAAGACACUGGUGGCGAUGAGCAACUCUGGUUCUAUCGAGAUGGUCAGCUUAUCUGUAAGCUGGCCGAGGACUGCGGCCUGCAGACCGCAGGAGACAUGGUGAUGGCGGGCAGUCGGCUUUGCGUGUCUCCAGAGAGAGGAAAAGACAACCAGCUGUGGGACAUAACCUCGGAUGGUGUGGUGCGCUGCCACUUCCAACCUGGCCUGGUCCUUGAGGUCAAAGGAGGUCGCCAGUACGACCAGAACCAAGUGAUCCUCAACACGUUUGUGGAAGGAAAACCGAACCAAAGAUGGACACUGGAGCUUUUGUGACUCUCCGGGCCAUGUUGUGGCCCACCGACGUGGCUCUGCUCGUGGAGCACACAACCACUCAGUCCUGAGUGGUACUUUGCACAAACACUGCACUCUUGUAGCAUUUGGACCCUUCUGGAGGAGGGUCACCAUGUUCGGACAAUGUUCUUUACAAUUAUGGCUAACUUAACACUUUUGUUCAUAUUUUUUGUAUUAUGUAAGCAUAAGAAGUACGUUCUUAUUUAUCUAGCAUUGUGUUGAUAUGUUGCAUUGCUCGGAGCAAAACGUCAGUCCCAUCUUCAUGUGGUGGCUCUCCUGACUUUAUGGUACGUAACGUCUUUACUCCAUGGUUUCCUCAUCUCAUGUUGAUGGACGCAAUGAAGUCUAAACUCCAAAGAUACAUUUUAUUUACUACAUAUUUUUCGUCACUGCUGUUGAUAAUAUUGUAAAGCGUUGUUAAAGUUUUAACACUGAAUGUGAUUCAUAUUAUUUGUAGAUUAGAUUCAUUUUCAAUCAGACAAAUUUUGAAUCAACUGUUGUAAAUAUGGAAACAUAAAAGAGAAAAUACCA